ACAAUUUAAGGAGAAAAUGUAUUGUCAUUAAGUUCAAAUUUUUAAAACUCUUAUUCAAGCCGCGACUGCAUCGUCCAGAUCUGAUCUGAAAUCGGAAACACCAUCAGUUGAAGAUGGGAUCCGGUGGGAGCAAGGGUUCUUGUAAAGGAGGAGCUUCCUCGUCCAGAAGAUCUAUUGGGAAGAACCGGGUUUUCCAAUCCUCUUGCCUUGGGCCGCCUUCUGGAUCUGCUGAAUCCCGUAAUAAAGACUGCGGUUCUAGUUUCACCAACCGGAACCGGAGAGAACCAGAAUCUGAGCCGGAUCAGGUCAAAAGGGAAUGUUCUAGGAAGGUUAAAGGGGAAACGGCAUCUGAUUACGAAAUGCCGCUGCCAUGCAUGUCUUCCAGUGGUGGUAGCAGCUCUGGCAGAGCCACCACCGCAACAGUGCAUCACUCUCCUUCUCGUUGCCUCUCCGGCUUUAGCUUCCUUCCGGGUAAUGUUAGCUUCAGAUUAAGCAGAGCUAAUAGUUUGGGUUCGUCUAGGGCAUAUCCUUCAAGUCUUGCAAUAUUGAACCCUGAUGACAACUCCGAGACAUUUGAAGAACGUCCUCAACAACUUCGCCAGGAUAAUUCUUCUGUAAAUUUAUGUUCUCCCGUAAUCUUCAAUGAUGCAGACACAAAUAGGGAUAGGCGUGUUGGAGUUGGAAGUCGAGAACCUGUUGAAGGGAAUGUACGUUUUAGCAGAACAUUGAGUGUUGGAAGGCUUCGUGACCGUGUUCUUCGUAGAGCUUCCUUAUCAGAUUUCACAUUCUGCCCUUUACAGCAAAACAUCAAUCAAACUCACGCAUAUGCAGCGGACAUAGAGUCACGGCAAUCAGCUAACUCUCCUUCCACAUCCACAUCUACAUCCACCGCCCCCGCUAUACCCAGUAAUCCCGUUUUUAACAUUCAGGACCAUGAAGUUGAAAAUUCACGAUCUAGAGAAGCUAGGUAUCACGAUUUACUCGAGCACAGAUCCAAUUUCCUUGAAAGGAGGAGAAGAAUAAGAUCUCAGGUUCGAGCUCUUCAACGGCUGGGAAGCCGUUUUGAGAACUUCUCUGGACAUGAAAGGUCUUGUAUAUUAUCUGGUCAACAUCGAACUGGUCGAUGCACUUGCCGUGUUAAUAAUCGAGAUUCCAAUUCAAAUGAUGAGACAAGUGCUAGGGCUAGUAUAUCUAGAAUUGUUAUGUUAGCUGAAGCUUUAUUUGAGGUUCUGGAUGAAAUUCACCAGCAAUCGGUGGUUUUAUCAUCACGACCUUCUGUAUCUUCAAUUGGAUCUGUUCCUGCACCUAAUGAAGUUGUGGAAUCACUUCCUGUCAAAGUAUUCAACAAGUCACACAAACUUCAUAAUGAUGAAGCUGGGCAAUGUUACAUAUGCCUUGUGGAGUAUGAGGAGGGGGAUAGCAUGCGGAUAUUGCCUUGUAAUCAUGAAUUCCACAGAACUUGUGUAGACAAGUGGCUCAAGGAGAUUCACAGGGUGUGCCCUCUUUGCCGUGGUGAUAUCUGCAGACAUGAUUUGUUGGCUGUGGAGAACUGAGCUUGCAGUUUUACUCAAUACUUCCUGAGGAGCAUUGGCAUCCAUGUAGAUAGUAAGUUCUAAACCCUGGCGACAAAAUUGAAAAAAAAAAGAUGAAAAGAGAGAUAGAUCGGUAAUCUCGACCGUAAUGCUUAGGUAAUUUGGGUUUUCUUUGUUUCUGGGUGUUUUGGGUUUUUUGCUGCCUGCAUGAUCUGUGGAUGAUCCCUUUUGGCUGGAAAAGGGAAAGAUGAUUCUGGGUUGGGAGAAAUGUGGUGAGCUUGCAUUUUGAACGCGGAGGGAAGAGAUGUGCUGGUAUUGGUUGGAGAGGGAGGGAGAAGAAAUUGGUUGCUCAAUUUGUUGAUGUUGACUAAGAAAUAUUAUUACUACUACAAUGCUCAACGAAAGGAAGGUCGCUUA